AUGCCGGAGGAUGACUCGCUGCUGAAGAACCGGACGGAACACGGGCCGGAGCCGAACCAGGGGGCAGCGCGUCCCGCCUGGGCAGUGACGGCGCUGGCCAGCGUGCUGAUCUUCACUACCGUGGUGGACGUCCUGGGAAACCUGCUGGUCAUCGUGUCGGUGCUGAGGAACCGCAAACUACGGAAUGCGGGAAAUGUGUUUGUGGUGAGUCUGGCCUUCGCUGACCUGGUGGUGGCGUUCUACCCCUACCCUCUGGUGUUGUACGCCAUCUUCCAUGACGGCUGGUCACUAGGUGAGACCCAGUGCAAGGUGAGCGGCUUCCUCAUGGGCUUGAGUGUCAUCGGCUCCAUCUUCAACAUCACAGGCAUCGCCAUCAACCGCUACUGUUACAUCUGCCACAGCUUCAGCUACGACAAGCUGUACAGCUACCGCAACACGCUGCUGCUGGUGGCGCUCAUCUGGCUGCUCACCGUCGUCGCCAUCGUGCCCAACUUCUUCGUGGGCUCGCUGCAGUACGACCCGCGCAUCUACUCCUGCACGUUCGCGCAGACGGUCAGCACGUCCUACACCAUCACCGUGGUGGUCAUCCACUUCUUCGUGCCCAUCGCCGUGGUUACCUUCUGCUACCUGCGCAUCUGGAUCCUGGUCAUCCAGGUGAGGCGGAAGGUGAAGUCGGAGGUCCGCCCCCGCAUCAAGCCCAGCGACCUGAGGAACUUCAUCACCAUGUUCGUGGUGUUCGUGCUGUUUGCUAUUUGCUGGGCGCCGCUCAACUUCAUCGGGCUGGCUGUCGCCAUCAACCCGGAGGCCGUGGCGCCUCGCAUCCCGGAGUGGCUGUUCGUGGUCAGCUACUUCAUGGCGUACUUCAACAGUUGCCUUAACGCCAUCAUCUACGGCCUGCUGAACCAGAACUUCCGCAGGGAGUACAAGCGGAUCGUCAUGUCCGUGUGGAUGCCCCACCUUUUCUUCCAGGAGACGUCGCGGGGGGGCACCGAGGGCAUGAAGAGUAAACCCUCCCCAGGACUCAACAACAACGAGCAAGUGAAAGGAGAAACUCUGUGACUCCUCCUCCUCCUCCUCCUCCUCCUCC